AUGAAGCUCUUCAAUAUGUAUAUUUUCGAUGUGCAUGGAAAUAAUGUGCUCUACAAGGAAUGGGCAAAGCUGAAGAUGACAAGUACAAAGGAGAAUGAUGCAAAGUUGAUGCAAGGAAUGCUUGUUGGACUCAAGGCUGUUUGUUCGAAACUAUCACCUCUCGAAAGUGGUAUACAUUCAUUGUCCUACAAGACUAAUAAAUAUCGCCUUCACUACUUUGAAGGCCCCACCGGACUGAAGAUUGUUCUUACUUCUGAUGCUGCGUCUUCUCCCAUUUUGGAGGACUUGGAGAAUGUAUACAGAAUGUAUGUAGAAUAUGUUGUAAAGGCUCCUGGAUACGAUCCAUCAAUUGCUGUUGCAAGCACUCUGUUUUCUCAAAAACUUGAAGAAUGGGCCCAGAGUCUCCCUUAA